AAAAUAUUUAGAUUUAUAAAAAUUUUGUAAAAAAGAAAAAAAACUGAAAAUAAAUAAAUAAUUAUUACACAUUUUGGUGGAGAAAAAAUUUAGGAAAAAAAAAACCAAUUGGACAUUAAAUUUAUUAAACUUAAUCUCAAAAAUUUCAAAGAAACAAAAAAGAAAGAAUUUAUUAACAAUAAAAGUUUACUAAUUAAUUAUUUCAAAUUAAAAAUAAAUCGUAAUAAUUCUUUGGAAAAAAAAUUAAAAAAUAAAAUUAAAUUAAAAACAAGUUUUUUACUUCGACUUUUUUUUUAAUAUUAUUUUUAUUGUGAACUUUGAAUUAAUUAAAACGAAAAAUAAAAACUUUCAAUUAUGGCUUUUUUUCGUAAAUUUAAAUUUCACUAUAAACACAAAAAACUAAGUGAAGAAUGGGCCUUGGCGACAUCAUUAAAAGAUAUUUCUGAAAUAAGUGAUAAUGGAACUAGCCUUACUGAAAUUAUAGUAGAUUCUAAGAAUGAUAAUGAUAAUAUAACAACAUUUGAUUUAAAAUAUUUGGGUAAUACGAAUAUUGAUUCAGAGAAAUCAGAAAAAUCAACAGCUGAAGCUAUAAAAUCUGUUGUAGCAUUAUCGAAAAAUGCUAAAAAGAAAAUUAUACAAAAAGUUAAAGUUAAUAUAUCAUCACAAGGUAUUGAAGUAUUAAAUGCAACAACUGGUGAAAAUCUUGUACGUGUUUCAAUAUAUAAAAUAUCAUAUUGUUCAGCAGAUGCAACAAAUGAUCAUGUUUUUGCAUUUGUUGGAUCAGAAAUUGAUCAAAUAACAAAUUAUGAGCAAUUAUUAUGUCAUGUAUUUUAUUGUCCUAAACGUAAAAUUGCUCAUGAUGUAACUUUAACAGUAGCAAGAAGUUUUGAACAAGCUUAUCGAAGAUGGAAAGAAGCUAUCGAUAAAAAAAUGUUACAAGAAGAAAUAAGAAGUAAUCAACAUCAAAGAGAAGUUAAUAAUAAAGAAAAAAUUUUAUAUGAAAAUAAUAGAAGUUAUGUAACAGAGAGACCAAAUAUAAUUAAAGAAGAUACAAAAAAUAAUGUUGAAUUAUUAAAAGAUUUAUUAAUAGAUUUAUCUGAAACUGAUAUGGGAAAUAAUAUAUUACAAAUUAAAGAUGGUCGAGAAUAUUUACAAAAUACAUGGGUUUCAUUUGAAGAUGAUAAUCAAAGACCUAACAACGAUUUCUGUGGACAAUUGUUAGUCUGUUAAUUUAUGUAAUAAUUAAAACAAACAAAAAAAACCAAUUAAUUAAGAAAAUUUCUUAUACAAUUUAUUCUAUUCAUAUAAAUAUGCUUAUACAUUAUGUUUAUAAUAAUUAUACUUUAAAUAUUUUAUAAUCAAAUUAAAUUUAACACAGAAUUUGUGAUAUUUAAAAUAGUUAAACAAUAACAAUUAAUAAUAUUUUUUUUUUAAUUCGAUAUAUUUUGUUCUUAUAAAGCCUUAGUAAUUUUAAGUAUGUACAUAAAACUUUAGUAUAGUAAAUUCAUUAAAUAAGCAGCUAAAGAAUGUUAUUCUAUAUCGCUUGUUUGUUACAACAGUGACGUAAAUCAAAAUGUGCAAAUUUGAGAAAAUAGAAUGUUAAAGUUUUGCAGUUAAGAAGUUUUUUUGAUAAUUACAUUAUUUCAUAAUUUAUAGUUACCGACAAUUUUCAAGCUUGAUAAUUCGGCUUUCUUAAAUACCCCAGAAAUCUUAGUUUUGAAAUAUUUCACUGUUGCAGUAAAUGAGCGAUAUGUACAUUAAAAAGUAAAAACGGUAAAAAGAUAAUUUUGCUUUUACUUAUUGAUCGAUAUUGCUUGUUAAGAAAACAAAAAUUAGAAAAUUUUUUAAAUGUUUUAAUCUACGAACAUUAAAAAUUACGUUCGUUAAUACUGAUGUUAUCAUCUUGCUGCUAUGAAAAGGCAAUGUAUUCAAAAGCCAAUAAAUGAAAAAUAUUAUAAUUAUACAUUUUGAUUAUACAAAAACAAAUAAUUUUAAUUUCUCGUACAAAAAAUAAAUAAAAUAAUUUAAAACAAAACCUCAUACAAUCAAAAAAAACAUUAUGUAAAAAUAAAUAACGAAAAUAUUAUUUUUCCGUUUUGGACAAUAAAUAUUGACGAUAAUUUUUCAUUGAA